UCCAACAGGUGAUAUUCUUAAAAGUUGGGAAGACAACAGUCAAGACACCCCACCAUGUUCUCCCUGUGGCUAGGAAUAGCAGUGUCUCUUCUAAUAACGCUACCCAUCUGCAAAGGCGAAACGGUGAAGACCAAAGUGUUGGUCCUGGGUGCCGGGAUGGCGGGAAUAUCGGCCGCACGUAGCCUCAACCAGAGCGGCCUGACCGACUUCAUCAUCCUCGAAGGUACCAACCGUAUCGGGGGUCGAGUUUGGAAGGUGCCGUUCGGCGGAAAGACCAUUGACAUCGGCGGGAACUGGGUUCAUGGGGUCUCCGAUGACAAUCCGGUAUGGGCGAUGGUUAAGAGUUAUAACAUGACUGGAACCUUUAGCAACUGGGACAACAUCACGGUAAGGAACAGCACUGGUCAAGUUGUGACCUCACAGUGGCACACAGUCCUCGCUUCCCUCGACGAACCAUCUGAGACCGCCUACGACCUAGCUGUUGAGAGAAACGCGACAGGACAACCCGAUAUGCCGCUACGAGCUGCUCUGAAGUUAAGCGGUUGGAACCCAACCUUGCCCAUGCAGAAAGCUGUUGAGUACGUCAGCUAUGACUGGGGUUAUGGAGAAGAGCCAGAUGUGUCGUCUUUGCUCAGGGGGGAGAUCGAACCGACAAUCGAGCAGUUUGGCGAGGAUGAUUACUUUCUAACAGACCCACGAGGAUAUGUCUACAUCAUCGAUCAAAUGGCAAAAAGCUUUCUCGCAGGAAAUGACCAACGGCUCAAGCUCAACAAAACGAUCACCAGCAUCCAAUGGGGGAACAAUGGUGUCACUGCCACCACCAAGGAUGGUUCUAGAUACACCGCCGACUAUGCUAUCGUGACCUUCAGCAUGGGGGUUCUCCAAGACAACUUGGUCCAGUUUGUCCCGAGUCUGCCCGAUUGGAAGCGAGAGGCCAUCUUUCGAGUUCGCAUGGCCUUGUACACGACGAUCUACCUGAAGUUUCCAUCUAAAUUCUGGGACGACGAUGAGUACAUCGUGUACGUGGCGGAGCGCAGGGGCUACUACACCGUGUGGCAGAACAUGGAGGCUGAGGGGUUGUUUCCAACAGGGACCAAUCUUCUUUUAGUGACCUUGAUGGAUGAUGAGGCACGACGUGUAGAGGCCCAGUCUGACCAAGCAACUCAGGCCGAAGUCAUGGCUGUCCUCCGCACCAUGUACGGAGCCGGCAUCCCCGACCCUACAGACAUCCUGGUGCCGAGAUGGGAACAGGACCCGUUCUUCCGCGGCUGCUACGCCAACUGGGGAGUCGGCAUCAAUGAUGAGGAGCUGCACAAGCUGCAGGCUCCUGUCGCCGGGCGUCUUUUCUUCGCAGGAGACGGGACAGGACCGCACUAUGGCUACCUGCAGGGUGCCUUCUUCGAGGGAGCGAGAGUAGCUGACGCCAUCGCGACGUGUGUGGGAGGAGGCCGGUGUGAGAAGGAGUACCAGCCGCCCCGCGGGGGUUGUACCUGUCCCGCUGCAGACAACUUCGACAGCCAGGCCACGGUAGACAACGGUUCCUGCAUGUACCCCACCAGCAAUGGAGACCGUACCAUGCCGUUUUCAACAUCAUUCUACAUUUUGUCUGUUAUGAUCGCAGUCAAAGAUAUGUUGUAAUGUUAUGCACUUUCUCCUUAAGAGCGAAUAUCUGUAAGGGUCAAACAAUGGUGGCACCGGUCAAAAAAUCGAUUUGGCUCAUACUUUGCACAGUGAUAGUACUUGCUACAUAACCCCUCAAAAUAGUUUCUUUCUGCUCAGAACCUCUCGUUGCUAUGGCAACAUUCCAAAGAAGUUUGUGGGUCAUUUUUCCAGGUUUUGGCUUGUAAAAAAACAUGAAAAUUGGCCAACUUUAGGGCACUAUGACUGAUCAAUGCUUUAACUUAAUAAAAGCAGAAUCUGCUGAUUAGAGAAAUGCCCAAACCUGCAUUGAAUAGCAGUAAAGUCAAUCUUUUGUACACUUCUACUCAGAUCUCAACUCUCCUGGCAUGAAGGAAAAUCAAGGAAAUAAGUUAAGAAUGCCCAAGAAGCGAUUUUUAUAACUGCAGUAUUUAUUUUAGUAGCUGGAGCAUUUACAA